AUGAAAAGCCGCCACUUCCUGGAGCACCUGAAGACGCACAGUGAAGACAAGCCAUUUAGCUGCAGUGAGUGCGGGAAGAGUUUCACAGACAAAAGAGCCCUUCAGCACCACCAGAGGUGUCACACCGGUGAAAAGGCCUUCUUCUGCAAGGAGUGUGGAAAGACGUUUGCCUACAAGAACAGCCUCAAAUUCCACGAGCGAAUUCACACCGGGGAGCGGCCGCACUGCUGUACGGAGUGUGGGAAGAGCUUCAUUCGUAAAAUCGACCUUCAGCGACAUCAUCUGUCACACACCGGCGAGAGACCCUAUGGCUGCGUGGAAUGCGGAAAGAGGUUCACAAAGAAAAGAACCCUUCAGCACCAUCAGCGGCUUCACAGCGGAGACAAGAUAUUCAGCUGCAAGGAGUGCGGGAAGACCUUUGCCUACAAGUACAGCCUCAAAGGCCACCAACAGAUUCAUAAUGGCGACAAACCCCAUUCUUGUAGCGAUUGUGGAAAGAGGUUUAUACGUAAAAAUGACCUCCUGCAGCAUCAGAGAAUCCACACCGGAGAGAAGCCACACAGCUGCCCCGUGUGUGGGAAAUGCUUUCGAGUGGUCGGCGGACUACAAGAGCAUUUGGUGAUUCACACUGGGGAGUAUCCGUAUUUCUGUAACCAGUGUGGGAAAAGGUUCAGACUGAAGGGGAAACUUCAGCAGCAUCAGAGGAUUCACAGUGGGGAGCGACCAUUUUGUUGCCAAGAUUGCGGGAAGACCUUCAUCUACAGCCGGUACCUUCAACACCACAUGAAAAUUCACACCGGGGAGAAGCCAUACUCCUGUGUUCACUGCGGGAAGAAAUUUACACACAAAUGUAAUCUUCGGCGACAUCAGGUUAUCCACACGGGAGAGAAGCGGUUCUUUUGCAUGGACUGUGGGCAAGGAUUCACCUAUAAAAGUACCCUGCAAGUCCACCAGAGGAUCCACACCGGCGAGAAGCCCUACUCUUGUACUGAAUGUGGGAAGAGAUUCCGCGUGUCAAACACUCUUCUGAAGCACAGGAGAAUCCAUGCCAAGAACCUGGCCUCAAACGUGGCAGAGAAGCUUGCAGGAGAGUGA